CAACAAUUUAUUUGAAAUUAUCAAGCUUCGCUUUGACCAACCAGGCAGCUUCAGACAGAGCUGUCUUUUUUCGCUGGUAGGAGGUAUAAAUUGAGAUUUCGGCUCUCUUGUUCGCCUGUUGUUGUUCUCUCGCUUCAGGAGCCGUUCGAUCAGGGAAAGGUGGAUUCAAAUGGUUCGUAUCUCUAAGCGCUAGGUUCGAUUGAUGGAGUUUCUCGACAUCUUCUGUGGGUGUUUGAAGAGGAAGAGAGAGAAGGGCGCUGAGGGAGGAGAAGAACCAGACGAUUACAGAGAUUCAUCCGGCCUUAUUUUCGAGCUUCGGAGCUUGCAAGUUGCCACCAAUUUCUUCUCCGACUUGAAUCAGCUCGGUCACGGUGGAUUUGGCUCCGUUUUCAAGGGGUUAUUGCCAAGUGGCCAAGAAGUAGCUGUAAAGAAGCUAGCGUUAAAUUCAAGACAGGGACUGAGAGAAUUCAUGAAUGAAGUGAAAUUGUUAAUAAAAAUUCAGCACAAGAACUUGGUCACAUUGUUAGGAUGCUGUGCAGAAGGACCGGAGAAGAUGCUCAUCUAUGAGUAUCUGCCCAAUAAGAGCCUUGACAACUUCCUCUUUGAUAAGACCAAAUCUGCAUCCUUGGAUUGGUCAAAACGCUUUGAGAUAAUUACUGGUAUUACAAGAGGUCUUCUGUACCUACAUGAAGAGGCUCCAGAAAGGAUUAUCCAUAGAGACAUCAAAGCUAGUAACAUAUUGCUUGAUGGGAGGAUGAACCCGAAGAUCUCAGACUUUGGCCUUGCAAGGCUUUUUCCGGGGGAUGACACUCAUGUAAACACAUUCAGGAUUUCUGGUACUCAUGGCUAUAUGGCGCCUGAGUAUGCAAUACAUGGGUACCUAUCCGUGAAAACCGAUGUCUUUAGCUUUGGGAUUUUGGUGUUAGAGAUUGUUAGUGGGAGAAAGAAUCAUGUUCAGAAGUUGAAUGAUGAAAAAGCAGACUUAUUGAGCUAUACAUGGAACCUCUUUCAACAAAAGAGGACAUUGGACCUAGUUGAUCCUACUCUUUCCAAUUGCAAUCCAGAUGAGGCUGCUUUGUGCAUUCAGAUAGGCUUAUUGUGUUGCCAAGCAAAUGUUGCAGAUAGACCUGACAUGAAUUCCGUUCAUCUCAUGCUCUCAAGCGACUCAUUUACAUUACCAAAACCUGGGAAACCAGGGAUUCAAGGUCGUGUAGGACGUUGGACUACGACUUCUUCUGCUCUCACUGCUACAAAUGCUACUGAUAGCACCACUGGUACAAAUAAGCUUUCAACAACUAGUACUAUGGUUGAAGAUUGUUCUAGAAACUCCAUCUCUGUUUCUUUUGUUGAUGAAGGUAGAAUGACACCUGCAUCUGCUGUAAGUAACCAUCGUGACAGCAAAAUCUUGCAAUCUCCUGAUAAAAACAUGGGCACACUAGCGAUCUGCAGUGGGAUAACCCUUUCUUCUUUCAUAUCACCCUCACAAAUGACUCAUCUUUCUUUCCUCAGUUUGAUUUCUUCCUUCCUCUUCCUUUCCCUCAACCCAGCUGCCCUUGCCUACGAAUUACCUCGGUGGGAUGACUGCGAUGGCGCCACUAACUACACCGCUAACUCGACCUUCGCGGCCAACCUUGGCCAAGCACUUGACGCUCUUAGCAACUCCACUGCCCCCACCGGCUUCAAUGCCACCAUCGUAGGCAACGGGACUGAAUCAGUCACCGCACUUGCUCUUUGCCGCGCGGACACAACCCAAGCAGGCUGCCGAGUUUGCAUAGACGCUGCCGUAGUUGACAUUCGCCAGAAAAAUUGCCCCAUGAAAAGGUUUGCCCAGAUAUGGUACAACGACUGCAUGCUCCGAUACGCCGACGUUAACUUCCUAUCCAGGGCCGAUGUUUCCGUCGUUCUGUCGAUAUGGAACACUAUGGAGGUCUCCAACCAAGAUGUUUACGAUCAAAGUGUAAGGAUGUUAAUGCGAAACCUGUCGAACAUGGCAGGCGAAUCCCAGACGCUACACGCAGUGGGGUGGACCAGAGUACCUGAUAACAGGAUACUUUAUGGGUACGUAGAGUGCACCCGGGACCUCAGUGCCGACAAUUGCUCCAGAUGCUUGUCGAAUGCUAGGAUUGGAAUUGAGAACUGUUGUAUGGGGCAGUGGGCAGCCUGGGUCGCUACUCCAAGUUGUUCUGUUCAAUUCAGCAUGGACCCCGGUUUCUUUGACAACACUACUGCUGCAGUGCCGGAAAUUCUGGCAGAACCACCGCUGCCACCACCGCCAACUUGGGCACCAGAAUCGGAUAUUCAAACUGAUCUUACCCGUGUUAAGAGGAAUGGUGGGGGAGGACGCGGCAUGGUGAUUGGGAUAUCGGGUGCAGCAUCUGGGACAGUGAUUUUGACGGUUGGAUGCUCGUGGAUGGUUAUGAAGGGGAAGAAGAAAGUGAAGAGAAGUGGGAGUAGGAUGGAAGAUGAUGAGGUAGGAGAGACGGUGACAGAGAGUGUUGGGACAAGAAGUUUUUUGUAUGAUUUGGAGACAUUGAUGGCUGCCACUGAUAAUUUCUCCACUGCAAAUCGGCUUGGAUGUGGUGGUUUCGGCACUGUUUAUAAGGGGAAAAUGCCCAAUGGAGAAAAAAUAGCAGUGAAGAAGCUCACUGUCGGUUCAGCACAAGGAACAGAAGAGUUCACAAAUGAAGUGAGGUUAUUACAGAAAAUGCAGCAUAGGAACCUGGUAAAGUUGUUUGGAUGUUGCAUUCAAGGACAAGAGAAGAUAUUGGUCUAUGAAUACCUAUCCAACAGGAGCCUCGACCAUUUCCUUUUUGACAAGAGCAAGAGUGCACUAUUAGAUUGGCCAAAGCGUUUCAACAUUAUAAUAGGAAUUGCGAGGGGGCUUUUGUAUCUGCAUGAAGAUUCACAGUAUAGAAUCAUACAUAGAGACAUCAAGGCAAGCAACAUAUUAUUAGAUGAACACAUGAAUCCUAAGAUAUCAGACUUUGGCCUAGCAAAGCUGUUCCCUGAUGAGCGAAGCCAACUUAGAACACGACGAAUUGCUGGAACCUUCGGCUACAUGGCUCCUGAAUAUGCAGCUCGAGGCUUUAUGUCAGCCUGGAGCGACGUCUAUAGCUUUGGAGUGUUGAUAUUAGAAAUUAUAAGUGGGAGAAGGAACUAUGAUUCACAAUUGGAAGAACAAAGGCAGGUGCUUUUGAAUCUUACAUGGAGGCUAGAACAACAAGGAAAAUUGAUUGAUUUGGUAGAUGUGACAAUUGGUUCUUUUCCUCAAGAUGAAGUAUUGAGAUGCAUAAGGGUGGGGCUGUUAUGCUGUCAACAGAGGACAAGAGAAAGACCAAUUAUGUCAUCUGCACUGGUCAUGCUCUCAAACCAGUCUGUAUCAGUACCCACUCCAGUAAGGCUAGGAUACCAAGGUAGCAGAGUUAAUAGUUUAGAAAUCUCUGAAUCAAGUAGCCGAGAUUCCUCCAACCAUGAAAACGAGAAUGCCUCUCAUAAUAAUUCUGUUACAAUAUCAGUAGUGAGUGGCAGGUGA